CCCCGGAGACUCCCGCGGAGCUCCCCGGGCACGUCGCCCAGGCCCGGCCCGCCCACCUUUCCCUGGGCCCCCGAGAUUUCAAGGGGACGCCCGGCUCGCUCGGCAGACCUUCCGGGGUCCUGAAUGAGGCGGGCACGUACUGGGGACGGGGGUGGAGAAGAGGAGCUGCAGGGGUGGCGAUCUGUGGCCACGUUACACGCAGUGUUUAUGACUGAGAUGGUGUUGGCCGGGGAACUUGCCAAGCAGGGACUAAGCGAGCUACGAGGAUGCUGGUGGUAGGGAGGCGAGGUGGCUUCUUCUGAGAUUUGUUCUCUGCCUGCUCCCCCCUCGUUCCAUGCAUCCCGGCGUAAAGACACAUAGUAGGGAGAAGUCUGUGCCUCUCAGAAAUCUAGAGAAAGGCGAUGCUGGCGGGAAUCAUCUCCCACGGGCGCAUUCGUACACGGAUCAAAUCCAAGCCUAGGUGUGGGGGAAACAAAUCAGAUGCCCAGUUUUCCGUAGUUGGAUAUACUAGUCUGAAGGAAGAUGAGUUUCAAGAAACUCAAUUUUUUUUUUUAAAACUCCGACUUAAAGUGAUCUUAAUGCAAAUAUUAAGAUGUAGUAAAUAAGUACAUGUUGCACAGCCAAAAUGAUUUACCCUUACCUGUAAGCCUGAGGUAAAAAUUACUUAAAUGCGGUAUUAACUAAAUUAGUAACAGUUUUAUGAACUUUUGAUGUGGACAUGAUACUUCAUGCAAAGUAGGAUGGUUAAGUCACAUUGCAAAUAUUUACUUCCUGAAGUAUCACACGGAUUCCUAUGAUAAUCAUAAUAGAGGAAUAUUUUUUAAAGCCGUGUAAACAACUUUCUCUUAUUUGUUUCUAAUUUUUUUUUUUUUAAACAAUUAGCACUUGGGAAGUUUAGCAAAGAGGCUAAAAGAUAACAUGUGCAUUGGGUGCUCCAUAAUAGAGCAAUGAGGACACAAGGUAUAAAAACAUGGCUUUGUAAAGGGUUAUCUUUUUGAGCACUAAAUUUUAUUUGAUUUUUUACAACUUCUUGAUAAAGGAUUAGAGCAGUAGACCUGGGAAUCUUUCCAUUUUACUCAGAAAUUUAUAGCUGAUAAUGUGGGGCAGUUAUCUCUAUUUAUAAAAUGUUUCCACUACACGGUACUGCAGUGCUUAAAUUCGGGAUACAAAUGCUUUUAAGUGCACUGUAUUUUCCAAUUGUUAAUAGUUUCACAACUGUGCAGGAAGAAACAGCUUUGUGUUGCCUUUUUGUUUGUUAUAUACCAAGCACUAAUAUAAAAUUAUUGUUACAAGUUUUUAAGUUAUUAAAAAUAUCCUUUUUCUGACUUCCAUUGCGUUUAUUAGAUUUAAGCCACACACCUCCCCACUUUUUUUAAUCAAUGUGUCUGUCUUUGUCUAGGGGGUUCCCAGUAUGUGUUCUCCCCCUCCCCCCACACCUUGGGCUGGUUUACAAACUGGAGCCCUCAGGCAUUAGAUGUAAACAGGUGGUUAGCACGCUAUGGUUGGUGACCAGGCAUAGUGGUAAAGAAUGUCACUCAGUUUUUCAUUUUAGUACUGAUAGUAACGAUAAGGGCCUAAUCUAAUAUUUACAUGCCUAGCUAGGUGUUUCACCUCUGUUCUCAUUUCAUCUUCACAGAAACUUUACAUUUGUGGUAAUACUCCUUUUUUUAGUCUGUGUAGCACUCUCUCAUUUGUCCCUAGGGAUUUCAAAGAACUUUAAAAUCUUUUAACUCUCUUGUUUAUUAAUGUGCUUUAACAUCACCCAUUUUAAAGUGGAGUUAGAUUAAAAUAGGAGUAGUAAUGGUCACAGAAUUGAGGAAGGGAUAUACAUUUGAUGAACAUUCAAAAGAAUAUAAAUUGUUUUUUGGUUUAAACACAAAACAUAAUCUUGUUAGGCUUUUUUGAUUUUUGAAUGUAGUUUCUGUGACUUUGUAUAAUACUUGAUAUUGUAAAAAUUUUGUUGCAAGUAAGCAUAUAGUGGGAACUAGUUCACUGUGAAUAUUUUCAUGUUAAGUUGUGUACUGCAAAGUGAAAAAGGAAUCUGAGUUACAGGAGUAGGAGAAGACAAUGUUUUAGAAUGUUUACUUACAGUGAGUGACUUUUAAAGACAUUUAUCCUUGGGCUGAGCCCAUCAGAACUCCUUUUAAAAAAUUCAGAGUUAUCUUUGAAGCAUUGAAAUGUCAAGAAGUUCUGUUGAUUUGAUUUAUAAGGCAUAAAAAUUUCACUUUAAGCAUUAUCACUGUAUGAUGUUUGUCAACAAGGUAUUUUGAUAUUUCACAUUGAAACAUUUAAAAUAUAAAUUGUUCAGCUUUUGUGGCUUGCUAAUUCUUAGGUUUUUAAAAAGAUUAGCCCCCCACUCCCAUUUUUUAAAAUUUAAUAACGAACACUGGCUUGAAAAAGGAACAUGCCAGAGAUUUUUACGUUGAGAAUAUAGGUUCUUAAACUGGAAACCAUGGGUGAGUUUUGGUCUGUGAAAAUCUCCAACCCUGUGCAGGACAUGAAUGAGAGGUCAUCCCCUUCCCCCAGUCCUGAUUUCUCAAAGAAGUUCUGUGACCUUCCACUCCUAAGUUAAAAAUUACUGUGUCAGAAGAUCUUUUAGACGUUCAGGUAUUGUGGUAAAUUUCUCUUAAAUCAUCAUGAAUUAAAUGAGAUUGAGACUCAACUGAUAUUUAAAUAUGCCCACUAUGCCAGUUUUCUGUGAAACUGUCAGUCUGAUGAGUUAAUCCCAUGACCAGUAUCUUCAGUCCUGAAAUCAUGAAGUUUUGUCCAGGUUGGAAUAUAAGACUCCCUAAGAAUUCGCUUGAGCUGAGCAGUUAACUGUAUAGAACUGUCUUUACAAAGUAUUAUCGUUGCUGGCGUUCAGCAGUUGAAGUGAGCUGCAUCUCUAUGCUCUGUACCUAAGAAUGACCACUAUAUGGAGCUCAUUCUGAUAGAUUUUUUUUUUUUUUUUCCCCUGUAAGAGUGAAAAAGGAGGAUAGCAAUGCAUGACCCUUCCCUUAAGAAAAGUAAAGUUUGUAGAGAGGGCCUUGGUAAUUCAGGAACUCCUAAAGUACUGUAUGAAAAAUAUAAGAACCUGUUACGCAUUAUUUAUGCUUAGACUAUAAAGCAAUUAGAGGAUGUGAGCUUUACAUGCAUGUUAAAUUCUUCUUCCUUGAAUUUUUAAGGACUUUUUAGAAAACAUAAUCACUCUUUUCAUACUUUAAAAAGUUAACAGUAAAUCUUUAACAUACUCAGAUACCACUCAGUGAUCAAAAUUUUUAGAUUCUUUGUGUAACUAGUUGCGUUACUGUAGGCCUCCCAUUCCCAGCCUGGUCAUUUCUCUGGUUGUUUUGAACAGGCCUAGUGGGAAGAUGUAGGGCCAGUUAUGUAGAUAUGAGAUGUGUCAGAAAAAUACUUUCAAUUUAAUUUUUUUGUUUACCUUGGUUUAUAAAUUCUGAGAGGAUGGUAGUACCUUUAAUCAUCCUUAGGACACCUAAAUCCUCACUGUUGUCUUUAGAACCCUUUGGUUAGUUAGAUAGCUUACUCUUACCUGUACGAGGCUGCCGGCUUUCCUGAGUUAGGUUGAUAUCCAGUACAUUUUCCUUGUCUUUCUUACCACAAGUGAAAUCCCAUUGCCCCCAAUUCCAAUUUUAUAUUCAGAGCGUGCAUUUUGUCUAACUACAGGACGUAUUAUAAUAAGCUUCCAAGCAAUAUCUUAUGAGUAAGCAAUAUCUAGUAGUAAAGAGAAGAGAGGAAAGAUAGAGUAGUAAAGGCAUGUGACAUUUGUUCUUAGUUUGAUUGUUUUCUCUGUGUCUGUGGGUCAGGAAGGGAGUUUAUGUAAAGCAGCUUUAAAGUGUCACAUUUUUCUUUCAUUUUCAUCCACCAGGGAAUCUGCCUCUCUCUUUCUCUUCCUGUCUUCAUUCUUCAUUGGAGGUUCUGCCUAAUUGUGUCAAACAGACAAUCUUUUUUGUUUCUACCUUGUAAAAAUCAUUUAAAGAUACAGUAUGUUUAGAGUUACAAAGGAAGAAAGCCUUUGCCAGCCCCAUGGUUUCAGUCAGAGGUUCUCAACCUCAGUUGCUACUAUCGAUAUUUCGGGCUGUGUAAUCAUUUGCUGCAGGAGUCUGUCCCGUGCAUUGUAGAAUGUUCAGCAGCAUCCCUGGCCUCAACCCACUGGAUGCCAGUAGCACCUUCCCCGAUUGUGACAACCAAAAAUGCCUCUGGAUAUUGCCACAUGCCCCUGGGGGGGCAUAGUUGACCCUGGUUGAGAACCACUGAUUAGGUCCACUGUUAAACUGUCUUAAAACUCACUUUAUUGUCUCUCCUAGUGAUUACUACAAUUUUAAGUAGUUAGCAGUAGUAUCUUCCACCAGACUAUAAGCUCCAUAAGGUUAAAAAAACCAAACCAAACACAGUGCCGUUGAGUAGAUUCUGACUCGUAGCGACCCUAUAAGGUUAAAAAAAAAAAAAAGUUAGUGACCUUUAAUUUUCAUUGCUUCUUAUCCUGGGUACAUAGAAGAGUACCCUAACACAUUAAAAAAAAGCAAAAACCCCAGACUAAACCCAUUGUCUUUGAGUCGAUUCUGACUCCUAGCAGCCCUAUAGGACAGAGUAGAAUUGCCCUGUAGGGUUUCCAAGGAGCGGCUGGUAGAUGCAAAUUGCAGACCUUUUGGUUAGCAAAAUGAGCUCUUAACCACUUCACCACCAGGACUCCACCUUAACACAUGGUAUAUGCUAAAUAAAGAUUUCUUGAAGGAAUGAAUGGAUAUACUAGGUAGCUGGAUGACUUUGGCCUAGGUCAUUAACAUUUCUGUACAUUUGGUUUUUCUUCUCUGUAAAUGACUUAAUCAGAAUUAUAUUUUGGUUCCCUGGUAGUUGGAAGAUUCUAGGACAAAUUUUAAUACAAAGUUAAAUUUUAGAGGAUUAAGUAUGUAUAAGUAUUAUCUUGAAGGCCAGUUUAUGGCUCUCUAAUAAAAAAAAAAUUUUUUUUUAAGGGUAUAGGAAAUUAGAUGGAAAGUUUUUAAUCAAAACUGGUGUGUUUUUUAUUUUUACUUCUGAGUGCGUGGGAGGCAGGUGGUGGGUUAUUCCAUUGAAGGCUCCAGUUAGGUUGAGUCCAUUCUGAGUUUUAUGUUGUAUAGUUAACGCUCUCUGCUAUUUUCAAAUCCUUUUUUUUUUGCUUUAUUGUUUUCCAGUUUAUAACUUAUACAAGGAUAACUGAGAUUGAUGAUAAUGAUUUUUGGGACUCUGCAAGAUUUGACAGUGUUUUAGUCUUAAUCAUUCAAGGUUAAAUAUAUAUAUAUAAUUGGCAAGAUUGAAAUCCAUGUGAUAUAACUUAACCAUUUUAUUCUAAACUGACAUUACAUUUGUUAUAGUAAUUUUGAUUUAAAAUUUGGAGGACUUCUGUAUUUACCCUCAGCCUCCCAAAUAGUUAUUUUUUUAUGAUCACUUGCUCCUUUUUUUAGAAAGGAUAGAGUUGGCCCUGGUGGCACAAUGGAAAAGCGCUCGGCUGCUAACCAAAAGAGCAGCAAUUCUAACCCACCAGUGGCUUCUUGGGAGAAAAAGCCUGGCAGUCUGCUCCUGUGAAGAUUACAGCCUAGGAAGCUCUAUGGGACAGUUCUACUCUGUUCUAUGUAGGGUCUCUGUCAGUUGGAAUUGACUCGAUGGCACACAACAACAUAAUUGGCUUAGCAUUAGUAGCAUUACUACUGUUUGUAUGUGCAACUUCGGAAAAUAAUCUUUUUCUAGGGCCAGUUUUGCUGUUAUUGGACAACUUCUAAUUCCUAAUGGUAUGAGAGAAUGUUAUCAACCAUGACCUUGAACACAUGCUGAGCUCCUGAACUCAUAAGUGAGCUCUCUUUAUCUGGUUUUGUUUUCUCAACAUCUUUCUCUACUCCUCUCUCUCAGGAUUGUGCCUUCUACUCCUGCUUGUACAGACUGCUUUUCCAGCAGCAUGGACACAAGAAGCAUAUUAUAUUCCCUGAAUGACUACAAACCACCCAUUUCUAAAGCGAAAAUGACCCAGAUUACUAAGGCAGCCAUCAAAGCUAUUAAGUUCUAUAAACAUGUGGUACAGAGUGUGGAAAAAUUCAUUCAGAAAUGUAAACCAGAAUACAAGGUACCUGGGCUUUAUGUUAUUGACUCCAUUGUACGACAGUCCCGACAUCAGUUUGGUCAAGAAAAGGAUGUGUUUGCACCCAGAUUUAGUAAUAACAUCAUUAGCACUUUCCAGAAUUUGUAUCGUUGUCCUGGGGAUGACAAGAGUAAGAUAGUGAGAGUAUUAAACUUGUGGCAGAAGAAUAAUGUAUUUAAGAGUGAGAUUAUUCAACCUCUUUUGGAUAUGGCAGCAGGGAUUCCUCCUCCAGUUGUCACCCCCGUUUUGGCCAGUACUACUGCUGCUAUGAGCAAUACCCCAGGAACUCCUGUGACACCUGUUACUCCAGCCAAUGUGGUCCAAGGUUUACCUGAUCCCUGGGUGUCUCAGAUAACAAAUACAGACACACUUGCAGCAGUGGCUCAGAUCUUACAAAGUCCUCAAGGUCAACAGCUUCAGCAGUUAAUACAGACUUUACAGCUACAACAGCAGAAGCCCCAGCCUUCCAUUCUGCAAGCCCUGGACGCUGGUCUUGUAGUUCAGCUGCAGGCGCUCACAGCACAACUUACGGCUGCAGCUGCAGCGGCCAACACCCUGAAUCCCCUAGAACAGGGAGUGUCUUUUAACAAGAAGCUGAUGGAUAGGUUUGAUUUUGGAGAAGAUUCUGAGCAUAGUGAAGAACCCAAAAAGGAAAUUCCAGCUUCUCAGCUUCCUCAUGUUUCAGAGUCUGUGAACAAUUCCAUUUUUCAUCAGUUAGCAGAACAACUUCAGCAGCAAAACCUCGAACAUCUUCGACAGCAGCUCCUGGAGCAGCAACAGCCUCAAAAGGCAACCCCUCAGGAUAGUCAGGAGGGAACAUUUGGGUCAGAGCAUUCAGCGUCUCCGUCACAAGGGAGCAGCCAACAGCAUUUUCUUGAACCUGAGGCAAAUUUGGAUGAUUCCAUAGAUAUCCAGCAACAGGAUAUGGAUAUAGAUGAAGGGCAAGAUGUGGUAGAAGAAGAGAUCUUUGAGCAAGAAGCAAAGAAAGUGGCCGUUCGCUCGAGAUCAAGAACACGUUCACGAUCUCGUUCAAGAUCACCAAGAAAACGGAGGUCUAGGUCACGGUCUGGUUCUCGAAAACGCAAACACAGAAAGCGAUCACGCUCCCGCUCAAGAGAGAGAAAGAGGAAAUCAUCACGUUCAUAUUCAAGUGAAAGGAGAGCUAGAGAAAGGGAGAAAGAACGACAGAAAAAGGGCUUACCUCCAAUUAGAUCUAAAACAUUAAGUGUCUGUAGUACUACUCUCUGGGUUGGUCAGGUGGACAAGAAAGCGACACAGCAGGAUUUAACCAACCUGUUUGAAGAGUUUGGACAAAUAGAGUCCAUCAAUAUGAUUCCUCCCAGGGGCUGUGCUUAUGUCUGUAUGGUUCACCGACAAGACGCAUUUCGGGCUCUUCAGAAACUUAGUUCUGGAUCGUAUAAAAUUGGGUCCAAAGUCAUCAAGAUCGCCUGGGCUUUAAACAAAGGUGUAAAAACAGAAUACAAACAAUUCUGGGACGUGGAUCUUGGCGUUACGUAUAUUCCAUGGGAAAAAGUUAAAGUGGAUGACUUGGAAGGUUUUGCAGAAGGAGGCAUGAUUGACCAGGAAACUGUAAAUACUGAGUGGGAAACAGUGAAAAGUGCUGAACCUGUUAAAGAGACGGUCCAGACAACUCAGAGUCCACCACCUCCAGUUGAAAAGGAGACAGUUGUCACAACCCAGGCAGAGGUUUUUCCUCCACCUGUUGCUAUGUUGCAGAUUCCAGUAGCGCCAGCCGUGCCUACGGUUAGUUUAGUCCCACCAGCCUUUCCUGUGUCGAUGCCGGUUCCUCCUCCUGGGUUCAGUCCACUGCCUCCACCUCCUUUUCUACGAGCAAGUUUUAAUCCUUCACAGCCACCUCCUGGUUUCAUGCCACCUCCAGUUCCACCACCUGUUGUACCACCACCUGCUAUCCCACCGGUAGUACCAACAUCUUUAGUGCAGCCGCCAUUAUCCAUGACGCCAGAAACUGUGAAAGAUGUUGGUUUUGGUAGCCUUGUUUUGCCAGGUGGUUCUGUUGCCAGCAGCCUUGCUACUUCUACACUGCCAGCUGGAAAUGUUUUUAAUCCUCCAACUAAGCAAGCAGAGCCUGAAGAAAAAGGACCUCAUUUUACAGACCACCAGAUUUCUUCUGGUGAAAACCCCAGAGCAGUGAUUCCAAAUGAUAUUUCAAGUAGCCCUGUGAUUUUAGGGGGACCGCCAUCAAAUGUGACCAACAACUCUGGAAUUCUUGGAGUCCAAAGAUCAAAUGUAUCAAGUAAUUCUGAAAUUCUUGGAGUACGGCCAUCUAAUGUUUCCAGUGGUUCUGUGAUUAUUGGAGCCCAGCCACCAAAUAUUCUAAGUAACUCUGGAAUUUUGGGAAUACAGCCUCCAAGUAUGUCAAAUAGUUCUGGAAUUUUGGGAGUGCUACCCCCAAAUAUGCCUAAUAGUGCUGGACUCGUAGGAAUACAGCCACCAAAUGUUCCCAAUACAUCUGGACUUUUGGGAACACAGCCACCAGUUGGGCCUCAAAACUUACCCCCUUUAAGUAUCACUAGUCAAAGGAUGCCUGCAAUGCCCAUGUUAGACAUUCGUCCAGGACUGAUACCACAGGCUCCUGGACCAAGAUUCCCUUUAAUGCAGCCUGGAAUUCCACCCCAUCGGGGACUUCCUCCCCCAUCAGUACUUGAUUCAGCUCUUCACCCACCACCCCGUGGUCCUUUUCCUCCAGGAGAUAUUUUUAGUCAUCCUGAAAGACCUUUUCUAGCUCCUGGAAGGCAAGGAAUAGACAAUGUUCCUAAUCCUGAAAAAAGGCUUCCACUUGGAAAUGAUAACAUUCAGCAAGAAGGCGAUAGAGAUUACCGGUUUCCUCCCAUAGAAACCAGGGAAAGCAUUAGUAUGCCUCCCCCGGUGGACGUUAGGGAUGUGGUUGGGCGACCUGUAGAUCCAAGAGAAGGUCCUGGAAGGCCUCCUCCAUUAGAUGGUAGGGAUCAUUUUGGAAGACCUCCUGUAGAUAUGAGAGAGAACCUUGUGAGGCCAGGUUUAGAUCAUCUUGGUCGAAGAGACCAUUUUGGCUUUAAUCCAGAUAAGCACUGGGGGCAUAGAGGAGAUUUUGAUGAGAGAGAGCAUCGGGUUCUGCCUGUCUUCAGUGGUCCAAAAGGCUUACAUGAAGAAAGAGGUAGAUUUCGGCCUGGAAACUAUAGAUUUGAUCCUAGGAGUGGUCCUUGGAACAGAGGAUUUGGACAAGAAGUUCACAGGGAUUUUGAUGACCGAAGAAGACCCUGGGAGAGGCAAAGGGAUAGGGAUGACAGAGAUUUUGAUUUCUGCAGAGAAAUUAAUGGAAAUCGCCUUGGACGAGAUAGAAUUCCGAACACUUGGGUCCCACCUCCUCACGCUCGGGUUUUUGAUUAUUUUGAAGGGCCCACUUCCCAACGAAAAGGUGAUAAUGUGCCUCAGGUUAAUGGUGAAAAUACAGAGAGACAUGCUCAACCACCACCUUUGCAAGUACAGAGCGAUCCUGAACUUUAUGAAAAACUGGCAUCCUCAAGUGAGAUAAACAAGGAGAAGAGUGACACAGUUGCUGAUAUAGAAAGUGAACCAGUGGUAGAAAGCACAGAAACUGAGGGGACAUAAUCAUCACUCAGUAGGUAAAAGAUACCUUUUGUAAAGUUGUCAUCUCUCUGUAAUAGAUUAAUGGCUGACUGGACCAUAGUUGUUCACUUUUGUCUGCCAGAAUUAAGUUAAUCUGAUGUUCAUGUUCACCUUUCUCUUAAAAUAAUUGUACAACUGACUUGUAUAGACAUUGCUCUUAAUAUGAACAUGGUAGGUAAACAUUUUUUUAUUUUUCUGGUAAAAUAUAAAUGUUGCCCCCAGAUUCUUUUAACUUCAAGGAAAUGAAUAACAGCUUGUCGGAGACUUCCUAUGGAAGAAAGAAUUUUUUAGAUACUACCAUUAGGUUGGAUAUGGUGAUAGAUAUAUUUCAAAAUAGCAAGCAGUGGUAUAUCUUACCCAUAUCUUUAGGCUGCUGCAAAAUUUUAAGGUAAUAGACAAAGCUGUGAUAUUUUAUGCGAAGACUGGCUCUAGAUAUUUGAGGAGCACAAUACAGAGAUUUAAAAACGUGGUUUUGUAAAAUCAGCACUAUGGUCUCUGUUUCUCCAAAGUAAGUGUUUGUGAUUUGUUCCUCAUACUGCAGUGAGUGAAAAAGAAAACAACAUAAAUAUUAAAGUACGUUUCAAUGUUGGGUGAAUUUUGUUUUUAGAUGCCAAUAAAACUUACUUGUUUGAUAA